AUGUCUCAAGUAAAUCUUGAUUGGGUUGAUGAGCGUCAGCUUCAGCGUUUAAAUGAAAGGUUAAUUGUCGUUGACGAAAGUGAUGAGGUUAUUGGUGCAGAUACCAAGAGGAAUUGCCACCUGAAUGAAAACAUUGAGAAAGGACUGUUGCACCGAGCCUUCAGUGUUGUCUUGUUCAACACAGAGAAUAAAGUCUUGAUACAGCAGAGAUCAGACUGCAAAGUUACUUUUCCCGGGUAUUUCACUGAGUCUUGCUGUAGUCAUCCUUUGUACAACCCACUGGAACUGGAAGAACAAGAUGCCAUUGGAAUCAGGAGAGCAGCUCAGAGACGCCUGCAGGCUGAGCUGGGGAUUCCCCCCGAGCAGAUUUCUCUAGAAGACAUUUUAGUUAUGACAAAGUAUCACCACAAGGCAAGAUCAGAUAGAAUCUGGGGAGAACAUGAAAUUUGCUACCUUCUGCUUAUAAGGAAGAAUCUCCCUGUGAAUCCAGAUCCCAGUGAAACAAGACGUUUCUGCUACAUGACCAAGGAGGAGUUACAGGAGUUGCUGGAAAGGGGAGCCAGGGGAGAAGUGAAAGUUACCCCGUGGCUGAGAGUCAUCGCAGAGAAAUUUCUGUAUAAGUGGUGGGCUCAUUUGGAUGAAGUAAUCCAGUUUGUUGAGCUUAAUAAAAUAGUCAGAGUGUGA